CAUCCCUCAGCAGGUGCGCUCGUGUCGUCACCAUUAGUUACCGGUGCCAGGAAGGAAAAGAUUUCCCGGCGCUGGCACUCGUUACACCCGUUUGCCCCGAUUUUAUAGCCUUCAUUUAACGUCUUGGCGAACUUUUAGACUUGCUCUCAGUCAGCCAAGGUUGUUGUUAGGACUUACAGGGCAGCAGGUGGAGGUGAAGUCGGAACAUGGGAAAAAAGCGAGAAGAGGAAAACCCGGAUUCCGCGUACGGAGAACCAGCUGAGUUUGACCCAACAUUUAAUGGACCCAUAAGGAAAAGAGGGUGCACCGACAUAAUCUGCUGUGUUUUGUUCCUGGUUGUCCUCCUUGGCUACAUCGGAGUUGGCAUUUUAGCCUGGCUCUAUGGAGAUCCUAGACAUGUUCUAUAUCCAAGAAAUUCAACUGGAUCGUUCUGUGGUAUUGGACAAAACAAAGACCGCCCCAACCUGUUCUACUUUGACAUCCUCAAAUGUGCCACGUCUGUAAACGUUCUGGAAACUGCUCUAAAUGGCCUUCAGUGUCCAACCACCCAGGUGUGCGUGGAGACCUGCCCCACUGAAUUCUGGGCUGUAAACCUAUUAGAUUAUGGGAAGACACCAGAGCGUGUUUUUGAUCCAAAAUACUGUGUCCCAAGUUUAAAUCUGAAAGAGCCUGGCAAGAAUGUCAAAGAGAUUGUGGAUCUGGAGCUGUGUCCUUUCUUCUACACGCCAACAAAGUCUGUGCUCGGGAGAUGUUUGCCGGAUUUCUCAAGACUGGGAGAGCUGUCCUCACAUUUUGACAAUAUACCAGGUUUACCGUCCUCUGUCAACGAAACGGUGGCCCUCAUACAGAAUGGCACUGGGGAUAUUACAAACAGUUUUAGUGCAAAGGACAUAGGGAUCAGAAUAUUUGAGGAUUUUGCAUCUGCAUGGCCCUGGAUCCUUUUGGGUCUGGUGAUAGCCAUGCUUGUCAGUAUGCUGUUCCUGCUGCUGCUGAGGUUCACCGCCCCGGUCAUGGUGUGGGUUCUCAUCGUGGGACUCCUGGGUGCGGGUGCAUACGGCAUAUGGCAUUGCUACUGGGAGUAUGAUAACUACAAACAACGGUCUGCAAGCAUUUCUGAUGUUGGGUUCACGACCGACUUAAAGAUUUAUCUGGAAGUCCAAGAGACCUGGUUGGCCUUCUUGAUCAUCAUCUCUGUGGCGGAGGCCAUCAUUCUUCUGACCAUCAUAUUCCUCCGGACCAGAAUCCUCAUAGCCAUCGCUCUCCUUCAGGAGGCCAGCAAAGCAAUUAGUCACAUGAUGUCCACUCUGCUCUACCCUCUGGUCACCUUCGUCCUCCUGCUAGUGUGUGUGGCCUACUGGGGCGCCACAGCCCUGUAUUUGGCCACUUCAGGGGAGCCGGUGUACAAAGUGGUGGCUCUCAACGCCACAACAAGCAGCUGUCAGGACAUCAACGGUUCAGUGAGCUGUGACCCUCUGAACUUCAACUCGUCGGUUUACCCAGACUGCCCCACAGCCAGCUGCAUCUUCAUCAAUUACAACGAAGAAGGCCUUUUCCAGAGAAACCUCUUCAACCUGCAGAUCUACAACGCCGUGGGUUUCCUCUGGUGUGUCAACUUCGUCAUAGCUCUGGGGCAGUGCACGCUGGCGGGGGCCUUCGCCUCCUAUUACUGGGCCUUCACCAAGCCGAGUGACAUCCCCAUGUUUCCUUUGACUGCCAGCUUUAUUCGCUCACUCAGGUAUCACGUGGGCUCGCUGGCGUUCGGAGCCUUGAUCCUGACCCUGGUGCAGAUCGUGCGGAUGCUGCUGGAGUACAUCGACCACAAAACCAGAUCGGCGCAGAAUCCAGUCGCUCGUUUCAUUCUGUGCUGCAUGAAGUGCUGCUUCUGGUGUCUGGAGAAGUUCAUAAAGUUCCUCAACAGAAAUGCUUACAUCAUGAUCGCCGUCUAUGGGAAAAACUUCUGCGUUUCAGCCAAAAAUGCUUUUAAGCUGCUGAUGAGAAAUAUAAUCAGGGUCGUGGUGCUUGAUAAAGUCACCGACGUGCUGCUGUUCUUUGGAAAGCUGCUGGUGGUUGGAGGAGUCGGUGUUUUAUCCUUCUUUUUCUUCUCUGGACGAAUUUUGCUGCCAGGCAACACGUUCCAAUCCGAAACUCUCAACUACUACUGGAUGCCAAUUAUUACGGUGGUUUUUGGCAGCUACCUCAUAGCUCACGGGUUCUUCAGUGUCUACAACAUGUGUGUGGACACGCUCUUCCUCUGCUUCUUGGAGGACUUGGAGCGCAACGAUGGAUCUCUGCAGAAGCCGUACUUCAUGUCCAAGAACCUCAUGAAGAUCCUCAACAAAUCCAACAAGGUGCCAAAAAAGGGUAAAAGAGACAACUGAGGCUCAUGAAAACCUGAAACAAUCGCAAACUUUAAGGAUGCCCUCAUUAUUUCUCCCUCUUCAACUGUUCCCCAAAUUCAUUCACAAAGCUGAUGCAACAUUUGCACAUUUUAAUCUUUUAUCAUGUUUUUUUAAGUGUUGAUGAUUAUGAGCAUGUCAGGGCUGAGAGUAAUCAUAGGUGAUAUUUUUGGUAAAUGUGGACCACAUGAAACAAUUCCUUAUUUCUGAUGGGUCAAUUUGAAAAUGGAUUAAUGUCUUUCAUUAUUUUAAAUAUAGUGUAAAUAUUUUUGCUUACUUUAUUUUUUGCAAGAUAUACAUCAGUAAAUUGAGGGAUUUUUGUUCCAAGAUGUGAUUUUCCUUUUUCUGUAUGUGCAAAAAAAAGUUUUUAUAUAAAAAAAGUAUAAUUUAAAUGGAAAUAUUGUAAACAAAUUGUAAAUAAGACACAACGUACAUUAAAGCCUUUCAUCACCUU